UCCCCCUUCGCGCCGCCGCUGCCGCGAUGCCCCCCCCUGCGCCCGGGGCCCGGCUCCGGCUUCUCGCCGCCGCCGCCCUGGCCGGCCUGGCCGUCAUCAGUCGAGGGCUGCUGUCCCAGAGCCUGGAGUUCAGCUCCCCUGCGGACAACUACACAGUGUGCGAAGGUGACAACGCCACGCUCAGCUGCUUCAUCGACGAGCAUGUGACCCGAGUGGCCUGGCUGAACCGCUCCAACAUCCUGUACGCGGGCAACGACCGCUGGACCAGUGACCCGAGGGUGCGGCUGCUCACCAACACGCCCGAGGAGUUCUCCAUCCUCAUCACCCAGGUGGGGCUGGGCGACGAGGGCCUCUACACCUGCUCCUUCCAGACCCGCCGCCAGCCGUACACCACUCAGGUCUACCUCAUCGUCCACGUCCCCGCCCGCAUCGUGAAUAUCUCUUCGCCCGUGACCGUGAACGAGGGGAGUAAUGUGAACCUGCUCUGCCUGGCCGUGGGGCGGCCGGAGCCCACGGUCACCUGGAGGCAGCUCCGAGAUGGCUUCACCUCCGAAGGCGAGAUCCUUGAGAUUUACGACAUCCAGCGGGGCCAGGCCGGGGAAUACGAGUGCGUGACUCACAACGGGGUGACCUCUGCACCUGACAGCCGCCGCGUGCUGGUCACAGUCAACUAUCCUCCGACCAUCACGGACGUGACCAGCGCCCGCACAGCCGUGGGCCGGGCCGCCCUCCUGCGCUGCGAAGCUAUGGCGGUGCCCCCCGCGGAUUUCCAGUGGUACAAGGAUGACAGACUGCUGAGCAGUGGCACGGCCGAGGGCCUGAAGGUGCAGACGGAGCGCACCCGCUCGAUGCUUCUCUUCGCCAACGUGAGCGCCCGGCAUUACGGCAACUACACGUGUCGCGCAGCCAACCGGCUGGGAAUGUCCAGCGCCUCCAUGCGGCUCCUGCGCCCAGGAUCCCUGGAGAACUCGGCCCCGAGGCCCCCAGGGCCUCUGACCCUCCUCUCCGCCCUGGGCUGGCUGUGGUGGAGGAUGUAGGAAGAAUCCAGUGCCCUGGAGUGCCCCCUCGGGGGGCCUGAGGCCGAGAGCAAGAGGAGAAGGGGGAACAAGCGCCGCGGGUCUCGAGGGGGCAGAGGAGCUCUCGGCCGCCGAGGAAGAAGAGAGGAAAAGGAAGGGAAGGAGGAAAGAUCUUUACAGAACCCAUCACUGUGAGGGAUAACGCAAAAUUAUGCAUCUUUCUACAGCCAUUCUCGCCACCGUUCACCUUUCUGAUUGUGACCCACCCCCGGCCACCCCACAUCCCUCUCUUAGUUCAGGCUGUCAACUGGAUCGCGUGUGUAUAGUGGGUGUGAGCGUGAGCCUGCGCGCGCGCGCGUGUGUGUGUGUGUGAAUGGGUGGGGAAGGGAGCUCAGCACUCUUCCCUCCUCGACACCCCGCACAUCCACUGCCCCCAACCUUGCUGUCUCUCACCUCUGGCUAGAGGUAGGUAUGGGGGCUUCGUGGCGGAAGCUGUGAGGAGAGGUUUUCCAGGCUCCCUGCUUUCCCAGUAUAUGCAUUCACACCACCCGCUCCCCACCCUGUUGAAAGACCGUCUCCUGGGCAGGUUGGGAGUGGGCAAGGACCUCACGCUUGUCUGUCAAGCUGUCACUCAGCCUCUGUGAGCAGGUGCAGGAUCUCCUUCUUGGCUCUGGGCCUCCCUGCUGUCAGCCGGCCGGCCGCCUGGAGCCAGAGGCCCCAUCGCUGUCUCAGCGGCCUGAGACCUUCCCACUUUUCCUGUCCCUCCCCACCCUGGACUUUCUGGCCCCCUCCUGGGCCAAUCGGUGCUUCCAUCCAACUGUCAGGCUGGUGCCUGUUGUCACCUGUCUGUCUCAGUGCUUUGCCCCACCCUGCCCCCUCCCCUCGACCACCUGCAGCGCCAACCAGCUGCCUUCAGCCCCCCUGCAGCCGGCCCACAGGUGUGGGCUUGCUGGGCUACCAUUCCCUGGCCUCUCCAGCGGCUGAACCUCCCAAAGGCUGACCUGACCGCCCUCACACACACUCAGACACACACACACACACACACACACCAGCGGCUGUGACCAGCAAUAGCCCCCCGGCUCCAGCUGUCCUGUAGCUGGUGACCAGCUGUAGUUCCCCCCGGGAUGGGCAACUGUUAUCAGGAAGGGGCUCUGAGGCUGUAACUUCAGCUCUGAUUGUAGGAACACCCCGCCCUGGCACACCACAUCACACAAAGUGGGGGAGAGAGAGGCAUCACACAGACAUCCUGAGCCCAGACCAAGAUGUCAAGUCACCAGCUCCAACUCCCGGGAGACCCUCUAUAAACACCCACCCUGAACUACACCACCCAGAGCUUGGGACGGGGAGAGAGGGCAGAGCAGGGGCAGAGGGGCAAGGGGUAGUGACUGUACCUCAGACGGGGGCGUGGGCCCCAUCCCACAUUGUCUUCCAUUCCCAGGGUCCGGGGGACAGGGAGGGCAGGGGGAGGGAUGCAAGGGAGGGGGGACGGGGGGCCCUGGGGGCCGUGUGUUCCAAGUCAUGGGGAGUGUUGAGACCACCACACCAAUAAACGCCUUUUUCCAAAGUCUCCGCCUGCAGGUGUCAAUGUCAUUAAGGAUAUGGGUGAGUGGAGGGCAGAGAGUUGUGGUCAUGUGUGGUGCCCCCCCAGCAUCAUUUCUGCCCUCCCUUUUCUCUUUGGUAGAUUUGGAAUUGAUCCAU